UCUGCUUGCUGCGCGGACUUCACCAAGAUGGCCUCCAGGCCUCUGCGCCUCCGUCCUCGGGGGCAGCCAUCUUAGUAAAGGCCAGGCAGGGGGUGGCGCCCGGUAUGACCGGGCUGCAGCCUGGGACGGCACGGUCAGAGACGACCGACACCAGGGAUGGGGAGGCGGCGUGUACUGAGGCGCUGCGUGCAGCUCUUAGUGUCCUCAUCGGAGCUGGGGUGGCGGGGCCGAGGGAGGAGGAACGCGGGCGGAAGGCGUGGCGGCAACCGCCGGGGCUCUGAGGCCGGCGGGCCCGCGGCGCCAAGGCCCUCAGGCGAGGAGACGCGAAGCGGCGUGCACCCGCUCGCCCUCAGCCCAAGCUUCUCACCAAAGGACAUGGAUGAAAAUGAGAACAGCCAGUCUCUAGUGCCAAGCUAUCAGUAUCCAAAAGAAACCCUGAGGAAGCGCCAGAAUUCAGUGCAGAAUUCAGGAGGAAGCGUGUCUUCUAGGUUCUCCAGGAAAAGCUUCAAGCUGGAUUACAGACUAGAGGAGGACGUAACUAAAUCGAAGAAAGGGAAAGACGGGAGAUUUGUCAACCCGUGGCCAACAUGGAAAAACAUCUCCAUCCCAAAUAUACUCAGAUGGCUGAUAAUGGAGAAGGAUCACAGCGGUGUCCCAGGUUCCAAAGAGGAACUUGACAAAGAACUCCCAGUGCUUAAGCCAUAUUUUAUCAGUGACCCCGAAGACGCUGGGGUGAGAGAGGCUGGCUUACGCGUCACAUGGCUGGGACACGCGACACUGAUGGUGGAAAUGGAUGAGCUCAUCUUCCUCACGGACCCCAUAUUCAGUUCUCGCGCCUCCCCCUCGCAGUACAUGGGUCCGAAGCGGUUUCGCCGUCCUCCGUGUACAAUAAGCGAACUCCCCCCAAUAGAUGCUGUCCUCAUCAGCCACAACCACUAUGACCACCUAGACUAUGGCUCCGUCCACGCCUUGAACGAGCGUUUCGGCAGUGAGCUGAGAUGGUUUGUACCCCUGGGCCUUCUCGACUGGAUGCAGAAAUGCGGCUGCGAGAACGUGAUUGAGCUGGACUGGUGGGAGGAGAAUUGCGUCCCUGGCCACGAUAAGGUCACCUUCGUCUUCACGCCUUCCCAACACUGGUGUAAAAGGACCCUCCUGGACGACAACAAGGUUCUGUGGGGCAGCUGGUCUGUGCUAGGGCCUUGGAAUCGGUUCUUCUUUGCUGGCGAUACUGGCUACUGCCCUGCUUUUGAAGAGAUUGGCAAAAGGUUUGGUCCUUUUGACCUUGCGGCCAUUCCCAUCGGAGCUUAUGAACCAAGGUGGUUUAUGAAAUACCAGCAUGCUAACCCAGAAGACGCUGUAAGGAUUCACAUUGACCUUCAAACAAAGAGAUCUGUGGCAAUUCAUUGGGGGACUUUCGCCUUAGCUAAUGAGCAUUACUUAGAGCCGCCGGCGAAACUGAGCGAAGCUCUAGAGCGAUAUGGGCUUUCCUGUGAGGAUUUCUUCACCCUGAAGCACGGAGAGUCGAGAUACUUGAACACCGAUAGAGCUUUUGAAGAAACUUGAAAUUAGGAAUUUUCAGCGACAACGAAGACUAAGAGAUUCACAAAUAUUAGGACACUCUUCACAUGGAAAACAAUUUCUGCAAGUGUGUGUUUUGUUUUGUUUUGUAUUAUAACUUGCUAACUGAUAAGACUCUCUUACAUAAACUGUUGGGAGUCUAGGUAUGGGUUAUUUAAGAAACUGUCCAAUAUAGACUUUAAAAAUGAUACAAACAUUGCAAAAUAUUAUUUUUUAUUAAAACACUAUAUUUUAGUGGCAGUAAAAUUUCUGAGGUUGUGAAAAACUAAUAUUAAUGUUCCAUUUCUUUUUAUAUUCAGGACUUUCUACAAAGGAGUCAAGCUUACCUACCUAGAUUACACACACACACACACACACACACACACACACACACACCUUUCUUAUAGUUAUAUAAUGAUAAGCUUGACCUCCACAUAGUGAUUAACUGCUGGUCGUGGUAAUGCACACCUGCAGUCCAGCACUCCAAAGGAUAAGGCAGCCAGCUGACAAGUUCAAGGCCAGCCAGAGCUACAGUGAGAGGGGAAAACACAGCUCACAUGCCAAAUGUUAAGUGAUUUUAUUUUGUUAAGCAUAAGAACAUAGGUGUUUGGGCUAAAUUUAUUGUUUUUUUAAAAUAGAUUUUUUUUUAUGGUGGUCAAAUAUACAUCGCAUAAAGUUACCAUUUUAACUAUGGUGAGAAGAAGCUCUUUGGCCUCAGGUAUUUGUGUUUGUGUGCAGCCAUGAGCAUCGCGUACUUACACCCCUAAGAGGGCAUCGUCCACACAGCCGCAUUUCCCAGGUUCGAGGCUGAUGGGCAGAGAAGGGAAGAGAGGGAGUAUGUGGGGCCUAGACGUGGUGGACACAUCACGGGCUCACUGGGACCGCUCUCCCUCUGCUUGGUCUGUCUUCUCUUUACGGAUGGUGUCUCCUGUUCUCAGCCCUAGCCCCAAAGAUGUCAGUAAGAUGUAUGUUUUACAUGACUUGGAUGUGGUAUAUAUUUUUAUAUUAAAUGACCUAUAAGCACAAUUGUACCUUUUAGCAAGCCAUUGUGAACCACCUGUAGUUUUUUUGUUUUGUAAGAUUGUGGGUAUCUGCUGACCAGAGUCUUUGUCCCAGUACGCCUCUGCAUUCACAGGUUUGUAAUGUACCUUAAGGAAGUGAGCUGCCGGGGCUUAGUGAAGGUGCAUUCUGCUUCUGCUUCCUAGACCCAUGGUAUAGAACAUAGCAGGCUUUAUAUAUAUAUCAUAUCAAAUAUUACAUAGGGAGUACUCAAUAAUUUGAUGCCUUUGCAUGGGUGAUGCAUGUCACUUUGGCCUCUCACUGGAAUUCUGUCCAUCCCAAAACAAGUAACUCAUAUUCAGACCCAGUGCCACCAUGUACAAGAGGGACGGACAAUGUCAGCCUACCUCCCAAGGCAGAGAAUACUUUUUUUAAAGCACUUUAGAAAUCUAAGGGAGAAAACUUAUGAUAUCACUCUGAUGCAGACAGGCCCAGGAGGACAGCUGAGGAGCAGUGCUUCCCAUGAUGCAUUGUUCCUGCCCGGACACCACACUGAGCACUUUGUGACUUUAGAGGGGAAUGGCCAAUACAAGCGACCCUUAGAAUGUAGUGUUUUUAUAUAAAAUGUCCUCAUCAUUCAAGGAGAAACGUGUGCUGUAACAGUGCGUGUGUAGUGAACGUGACUCAGAGGCAUUAAAGCCACGAUUCCAUUUAAAGUCGGAGAACAGGGCUAGCAGAUAUGCCGUGGGCGCCAGCCUCAGGGCACACGCGACACCCGGUACCACUGCAGUCAUUGUGUUACUGUAAGCCAUACUGAAACUUAUCUUAAGCAACUGAUACAACUUAACUAUUUCUCCACGACUGGCCUUGGUGGGUGCUUUUGUGUCCUCACAUACUGUUCACGGCCGUCCACGUGAUGUGUUCUGGCUCCCCGGAAUGAAUUGGGCCUGCCUCAUAUUUUUUUUUAGGCUUCCUCAUGGUUUUGGUUUGCUUCUGUUUACAUGUAAAAGUUCCUUUCGGUGUAAAAUACACCAGAUCUCUCUAAUACAACCACCCUAUUGAAUGGUUUUCACUUUAUUUUUCUAAUCUACAUUUCAAAGGAUGUAUGUGUAAAGUGAAAAUAAAUUUUGAAAAAAAAUCUA